AUGCAUAAUUGCAGGGCUCUAAACGCUUCACGUCGCGGCUUCGCCACCAAGGCAAUCGCUAAUUUACAAGAGCGUCUCGUAGCACUCUGCCGUCAUCGCGGAUUUGUCUUUCCAGGAUCAGAGCUGUACGGUGGUCUAGCCAACAGCUUUGAUUAUGGACCACUCGGUGUCCUCAUGAAAAAAAACAUAAUUGAUCGAUGGUGGUUCGAGUUUGUCCAGAAGCGUCCCAACUGCGUAGGUCUUGACAGUGCCGUUUUACUUAACUCUGCUGUUUGGAAAGCGUCAGGCCAUGUCGACAACUUUACCGAUCCUAUGACGGUCUGUUCAAACUGCAACACGCGGGUUCGUGUGGACCAAUUACUAGAAUCAAAGUUGCGGUCGCAAGACAAGAAUUUUAUAGCCUCUUUGUCUUUAUCUCGAAUGGAUGAACUUCUCCUUGAGCACGAAGUUGCAUGUCCCAAAUGUCACAAGACUCACAGCUUCCAGCCGGUCAAGCAGUUUAAUCUGCUCUUUCGUACAAAUAUGGGUGCAACCGAUGAAACGUGUGAUUGGAUCUACCUUCGUCCGGAGACAGCACAGGGUGCAUAUAUUAACUUUUCGAAUGUUCAGAGCACAAUGAGAAAAAAGUUGCCUUUUGGAAUCGGCCAAGUGGGCAAGAGUUUUCGAAAUGAAAUUUCACCCGGCCACUUUCUAUUCCGAACGCGUGAAUUUGAGCAGCUAGAGCUUCAGUUCUUCACGCAUCCAAACGAGUCAGACCAGUGGUACGGCUACUGGGUAAACGAGUGUUAUAAUUUCUUGACAAAGUACGGUAUUCGAUCCGAAAAUUUGCGGAAGCAUGAGCACAUGAAAGAAGAAUUGGCCCAUUACGCUCGUGCUACAACGGAUAUCCAAUUUAAAUACCCGUUUGGUUGGAGCGAAUUAUGGGGCAUAGCAAACCGUACGAGCUACGAUCUGAAGAAGCACAUGGAGGCGAGCGGUAAAAGUCUCAAGUAUCAAGAUAUUGUAGCAAAAGAAGAUUUUUUUCCGCAUGUAAUCGAACCCGCCCUUGGAGCUGGACGUGUCAUGCUUUCAAUGCUCUUGGAUGCAUACUACGAAGAUGAAGUGAAUGGGAAAAAACGAACUGUCUUGCGAUUGCACCCAGAAAUUGCACCGUAUCGUUUUGCUGUGCUGCCGCUUGUGAAAAAAGAGCCACUUUUAACGGUGGCAAAUCAGCUAUUUGAAGAUUUGUGUGCAUGUGCAAGCGUCGACUAUGAUGUGAGUGGCAGCAUUGGCCGCCGUUACCGUCGCCAGGAUGAGAUUGGUACGCCAAUGUGUCUGACAGUCGACUUUGACACGCUUGAAGACAAGUGCGUAACAAUUCGAGACCGUGAUAGUAUGCAGCAGAACCGCGUGGCCAUUGAACACAUUAUUCAAGGAGCGUCAGCAAGACGCUCCAGCUUUUUUUGA